CUCCAUUGUGCAGUCUCCAGCAUCUCUGAGUCAACUGCCCUGCAGCGCUCCAGCACACGGUCAUGGCGCCAAAGAAGGCCAAGCGGAGGGCAGAGGGGGCCAACUCCAACGUCUUCUCCAUGUUCGAGCAGGCCCAGAUCCAGGAGUUCAAAGAGGCGUUCACCAUCAUGGACCAGAACAGAGAUGGCUUCAUCGAUCAGAGUGACCUCAGGGACACCUUCGCAGCACUAGGCCGUCUGAACGUGAAGCAGGAGGAGAUCGACGCCAUGCUCAAGGAGGCGCCGGGGCCCAUCAACUUCACCGUCUUCCUCACCAUGUUUGGGGAGAAACUCAAGGGUGCUGAUGCUGAGGAAACCAUCUUAAACGCCUUUAAAGUCUUUGACCCAGAGGGAAAAGGCACACUGAAGAAAGACUUUGUUUCUGAGAUGCUGACCACCCAGGCAGACAGGUUCUCUCCAGAAGAGAUGGAGCAGAUGUUUGCUGCCUUCCCUCCUGAUGUGGCGGGAAACCUGGACUACAAGAACCUGGUCUACAUCAUCACACACGGUGAAGAGAAGGAUUAGGAGUAAACACCUUCUCGUCGCUCAUCUCUCAUCUCACACCUCAGUCUCACUG